UGCGUCUGUGGGUGUCAGUGUCUCCCACUCCGGGUCCCUUGAGGCCGUGCCCCUGCACCCCUGCCUGUCUGCCCCUCUGUCCCUCUAAUGUGUCCCGGCUUCUGUCCCUGCUGCCCCCAUCCCAGACCCACCCUGUCUCUCUUGGAGGGGGGGGGGCUGCAGCCCCUGAGGGCGGGAGCAGUCUUGAUGCCAGCCCCGUGGUAGACCCCGGCUGGGCUGCCCCAAGCCAGGGGACAUGGACACAGGAGGGGCCCCUGGUGACCCAGUGCCUCCCCGCACACCGCGCGUCCCGCAGGCCUGAAGCCAGGGUAGCCGAGUCCUACAGUUGGUAGGGGUGCCCACACAUGUCCUGUGGCCUGGGAACCCCUCCUGUGGGGCAGCAGGUAGCCCUGCAGACCCUGGGCACCAGUGUGGAGCAGCCUGGCUGGGCUUCGGCUGCACUCUGUACCCUUGGGCUGAAUCCCUCAACCCCCGCCUGCCCCCACUCCAGCACCCCUCUUUGGGAGAAGCCACACCCCUGCCCCCUCCCCAGUGCCCCCAGUAGUGACUCAGCACCUUGACCACAGUCCUCCUGGCUGGAAGGGACCUGCCUCUUCCCCCUUCCCAGAUGGAAAAACUGAGGCCUGAGGGGAUCUGUCCUGGGUCACACGUGGAGGCAGGGACACCACAGGAUGUGGCCCCAGAUGCCCUCAAUCCCAUCGUAACGUGUCUCCAGCUUCCCCAGCCAGGCCACACUGGGCUGCUGUGUGACCCUGACCAGGGACAGGCUUCUGAGAGGAUUCCUUCCUGAGCACACAGCAGGAGGGGCUGGCACUUGGGAGCUGGAGCUCAGGCUCUUUUCCGGGCUUUGGCCUCCCCCUGUUUGCCCGGCCAGCAAGGGCUGCCUGCGGCGACCUGGGGGUCUAGUCCCGGGGACCUGUCUUGAUUCUGCUCUUUGCUUCCGGUGCUGUUCCUCUUCAACUCAUUGAUAAAAUCCACUCGCUUCCACCCUGCGCCCCCUUUGCAUGAGUGCACACCCUCCUGUGCUCCUACCUUUGCCUCAGACCCUCACAGCCACUUUCUAGGGAGGCGCACCCCUAAGGGGUGAACCCCAGGCCGCUUCCUGUGUGGUGGUCCUCAGUAAGCACAGGGAAACAGCCCAGAGGGGACAGACACCAUGGCCACACAGCAGAGCUGGGGACUUGGGGCUGGGACAGCUGCCCAGACUCCCUGAGCCGCAUCUUGGCCAUCUCCCCACACUCCCUCAAGCUGGGACCGUGCCAUGGUCCAAUGCAUCAGCUGGGACUUGGGCCAGCCUCUAGUUGUGGGAAGUGGAUGUGCAGGAGCUGGCCCGGAGAACCCCCGCAGCCCCCAUGAAGCUGGGCCCUGCGGGGGAAGUGAGCAAGUGGUGCGACCUGCUGGGCGCUCUUCCUGUGCCCUCGUGCAGGCACAGCUCCUGCAGGGCUGAGCUGAGCAAGGGGCUGGGCCCAGGUUGGGCAGAGAAAAGACCAGGGGUGCAGGGAGGGGGCCCCUCUUACCUCCCAGGCCCACUCACAGCUCCCACCCCUGCCUUUGUCCUCCAGGUGUUCCGCAGAGCCGACAAGAAUGAUGACGGGAAGCUCUCGUUUGAGGAAUUCCAGAAUUACUUUGCUGACGGGGUCCUCAGCGCAGGGGAGCUGCGGGAACUCUUCAGCGGCAUUGAUGGGCAUCCUGCCGCCAACGUAGAAACGGAGAAACUGUGUGACUACUUCUCAGAACACCUGGGUGUCUACCGGCCUGUGCUGGCUGCGCUGGAGUCGCUCAACCGGGCCGUGCUCACCGCCAUGGACACCACCAAGCUGGAGUACGAGCAGGCCUCCAAAGUGGACCAGUUCGUGACGCGUUUCCUGCUGCGAGAGACGGUGAGCCAGUUGCAGGCCCUGCAGAGCUCCCUGGAGGGGGCAUCCGACACGCUGGAGGCCCAGGCCCGCGACCUGCGGUCAGAUGAAGAGAGCGCCGAAGUGCAGAGCAGGCCCCGCGGCAGCCGGCGGGCAGGGCGCAGGGCCCUGAGGAUUGUCCCUCGGUCGCCUACCUGGUCUCCUGGCUGCUCAGACACAGGGUGCAGCUUGGAGGCCGAGUCACAGUGGCGGCUCCAGGUCAGCCGUCUCCAGGAGCUCAUUGAUCAGCUCGAGUGCAAGGCCCCCCGGCUAGAACCCCUGCAGGAAGAGGACCUGGCCAAGGGGCCUGGCUCGCACAUCCUGGUGGCCCAGAGGCAGGUGCAGGUGGCAGAAGAGGCCCUGCAGGACUUCCACCGGGCCCUGUGCUGCUACAUGGACUUCACGGGGGCCCAGAGCCAUUGUCUGCAUGUGUCCGCCCAGAAGAUGCUGGAGCAGGCCUCCUUCACCCUGUACGAGUUCUGGCAGGACGAGGCCUCCUGGAGAAGGCACCAGCAGGCCCCCUGCAGCAAGGCCUUCCAGCGCAUCCUCAUCGACCACCUGCGGGCUCCAGACACCCUCACCACCGUGUUCUUCCCAGGUGUGCUGCAGCCCCAGUGCCCACCGCAGCCCGGGGCCCUGGAGGGCAGUGGGCCUGAGAUGGCUGACGCCCACCUCCUGUCCUGCAGCCUCCUGGUGGGUCAUGAAUAACAACUGAACCCGACCUGCAAAAGCCAAGGGCCCUGCCUGCCUCCCCGGGAGCCUUCUGAACGGGUCAACUCGGCACCCAGCCCAGGCCCCUGCCUCCUCCUAGCCCGGGCCCGGCCAGCUGGUGGAGGGCCUCGGCCCAGAGACCAGGGACUGGGCUGCUUGCUUCCUUUCUCCAUCCGCGGAUUGUUUGUAGCUUCGGCCUCCAGGGCACUCUGACUUGCACCCGGCUCAGGAGGCAUGGAGUCUGGUCCCUCUGCCCCUGCCUUGCUAUGACCCAGGGCAGGUCCCUUCCCACUUGGGCUGCCUAGCGGGUGUCCUGGUUUCUUCCUGCUGUCUUGGGACCAGGCUUCUGCUCUUCCCCAAGCAGCAGCAGAAGCAGGGCUGAUGCUCAGGGAACCCCAAGCCCUGGAACCUCGUGCCCUGAGGCUGGGCCGGAUCGGUCUGCAGUGUGGGGUAAGGACCUGGGCGUGCCCACCACCCUCCUGGGCUGGCUCCAGACUCUUCCAGCACCCAUGCCUGCACCAGCCACCUGAGGAGGAUCCUGGGUUGGUUUGCAUGUCAUCUGCAUAUCAUCUGCAUGUUCUCACCCCAUCCAUUCUCAGGGCACUAUGGGAAGCCCCAAGGUGACCUUGUCAAGUAGCAAUAAUUUGGGCCCAGAGUUGCCUGCUGCCCGCAGAGACCUCUGAACCCUGGCCAGGACUCCAACUCAGAGGCAAUAAAGGCAGUGGUCAC